AUGGACGAAAUUUACAGGUGUAAGCCUGUUCAAAACGCCCAGGAGGAGUUGCGGCUCAUUACCAUCGAUGCCAGCUCGACUGUUGAUCAAAUUAGCUGCAGCUUAGACACGUUCUCACUACAGGAGGUGACGCCUGCCUACCACAAAUUCGUCGAAGAACGAUCCUCUUUAGCGCGCAGCACUUCGGCCGUGCUGGCAGAAUGGCUCGGCACUGGGCAUUUCGAUUAUUUCCCAGACUCUACACGCCAUCGUUUCCUGUGGGGCGACUACUGUGCUCUAAGCUACGUAUGGGGUGAUCCCACUGAUACCACAAUCAUCCUUGUGAAUGGGGUCAAGACGCAGAUAACCAAGAAUCUAGCUGAAGCACUGCACAAGCUUCGCGAAGGCGGACAGUUUUCAGGUCGUUUCCGGCUCUGGGUGGAUGCAGUGUGCAUAAACCAGCUCGACAAUGAGGAGCGAAGUGCCCAAGUUGCAAUCAUGAGACUAUUUUACUCGCAAGCCUGGUCUGUCAUAGGGUUCUUGGGACCACAAGAGGACAAUAGCGACAAAGCUCUGGAUCUCAUCUCCAGCCUUGCCGAGAACUUUGACUCGAACGAGAAGUGCGAGGAGCUGCGGGAAAACAUGAUGCAACACAAGUUUUCGCACACGCCGGGAGCAUGGCUUGCACUGAAACGUCUGACGUUCCGUCCGUACUGGGAGCGGCUGUGGGUAAUGCAAGAGCUCGCGUUGGGUGGUACCAGGACCUUGUUGAUCUGUGGCUCGAAGCGCAUCAGCUGGCAGACGUUUUGUCGGGCUAUGGGUGUUAUCCAAUUCUACCUCUGGGUUCCUCGACACAGGGCCAUUGAACAAGACCGUCUGGCUGAGCCUGACUCGAGGAAUGAAGGCGACUGGCACAACACCCAUACCCUGGACCAUAUCUGGAAAGACCUAUGGCAGUUGACGAUGGUCCAGGAGUCCCGAUCCACGUCUGCAAGCUGGAACCGUCUCAUGGAGAUGGCCAACUCGUGUGACUGCUCAGAUCCUCGAGACAAAGUCUACGGCUUGCUCGGCAUCAUGGACCCAGUGCUUUCCAAGUCCAUAAUCCCAGACUACAGGAGCAAUCCGACCGAAGUAUUCAUCAAAGCCGCAGACGCCUACAUCUCGACGUACAAAGACCUUGAACUGCUCCGGGACGCGAACCUCUGGGGCAGCCAGGAAACUCCAUCCUGGGUCCCCGACUGGACCUGGCGCGGACGAAGCCGCGACAGCCGACCCGACGAUUUCUUCCAGCCCGACUUCAACCAGCGCGAAAACGGCGAUGGGUCGAUGGAACGGCGUUCCUAUCGCGCCGAUCUCGGCCUCGCAUUCGCCUUACCUCCACGGAUUGGUGGCCGCUCUCUGUUGUGUCAAGCCGUGAUAUUGGACACUGUCGAUGGUCUGGGAGACAACCCCGAAGCUGCGAACCCCAACAGGAUUCAAUCACAAGGCCUAGCUAGCGCCUACGGCGACUUUGACGCGCAUUCCCAACAGCUUGCGAUCGCGCUUUACGCUGGCCGAAGACGAAGAGAGGGGGAUUCCACCGCGCUCCUGAAUUUCCCACUCACGCAGGAAAGCGCGGAGAAGCAGUUCCGAAAACUCGGGUGGAAGCGUUUCAUUUACGACUUGGACUUUUACUACAGCAGAUGGACCAAUUGGUUCUCCAGCAAUGCUUUUUUUCGUGUCGCUGGACGGGAUCUACGAGCGUAUUUUUCUGAUAGGAUUCCAGAGGGCGCAGAUGUGAGUGAUUACUGGUCGGCGUAUCAGGGAUGGGUGAGAACGGCUCUAGCUGGGCCGCGGCGGUUAGUCACGACAACUGCCGGUCGUAUCGGGUGGGUGGAGUGCGCGAAAGCUGUGAGCUUGGAUGUGGAACUCGAAGUGCGCAGGGAAGACGUAUUUGCGGUGUUCCCAGGAUGCUCGAUGCCGAUAUUGAUUCGGCCGGUGAACGGAGGAGAUGGUUUUCAGGUCGUCGGUGAGGCUUAUUUGCAGGGGGUCAUGGAGGGUGAAGUGCGAGAAUUGGUUCGCUCAGAACGGUAUAAGUUGCAGUGGAUAAGGCUGUGUUGA